AUGUUUCUUCCAAACAAGGUGCGGAAAUACAGCGUCAUCGACGACCUACACAUCAUACAAUCUGUAUAUUCUUCAUUCUGUAUUCUGUUGUCGGGGGUUGACAUACUGACUUUCCUGGGCAACCGUAACGAGUACUCAGAGCAGCUUGUGGCAGUACUCAUCACCCAAGUGCUGGAUGGGUUGUCGUACCUGCAAUGGCGCGGCAUCUGCCACCUGGACCUGCAGCCUGACAACCUGGUGCUGGCGUCCGCUCGCUUCCCGUCGGUCAAACUCGUGGAUUUCGGCAGCGCGCACAAAGUUUGUGCGUCUGGCACCAGCGUGCCCGUCAACGGCCUCACGGACUACAUCGCCCCAGAGGUUCUGUUCGAGAACAAAGCUUACCCCAACACCGACAUCUGGUCUCUAGGGGUCAUCACUUACCUGCUGUUGUCGGGGGUCACCCCCUUCAGGGGGGAUACAGAGGAGGAUCGUAAAUCCAACAUCCAGUGCGUGCGGUACAUGUUCGAGUGGCUGCCGUCCACUACCACGCAGGAGGCGACGCGGUUCCUCAUGCUCAUCUUCAAGAGGGACCCAAGCAAGCGCCCUGCAGUGGAUGAGUGUCUCGAGCAUCGCUGGCUGAACGAAACCGAUUUCAUGGUCAGGAAGAGGGAGCGCGCCCCGGUCCCAGCCAACAGAAUUAGGACACGUGAACACAAAUCUGAUGAAGAAAGCCAGGACCUCGGCAAUGAAAAGAAGUCCGGAGGAGAAAACGGACCGGUGCCACUGUCCAUAGACCACAUGUCGGGGGCCUUCUUCAUCCUCUGCAUUCUCUCAUCUCUGUCUUUAGUCUGUUUCUUUUUAGAGCUCUGCAGCACCAGGACUUUGAGAGAUCCCAGAAGUGGAGGAGGGAAGAAGGUCUAA